CUUGCACUACGCCUUGCUCCGUGUUUUGGUCAUACUGAGUGUGGAUGAUGGACCUGCUACAGGGGAAAGUCGACAUGAAUGAUUCAGCUGAUGAGGAGUACCAAAUAUUUCUUAGUUUACACGAAGCCGCUCUUAUGUCAUGUAGAAUACCUCCCCUGUAUUGGAAAAGCGUGUAUUAUAAACUUUCCAAUGAGGUGUUUGAUGCAGGGGAAGUGUUUGGGGUUAUGCAGGUGGAGCUGGAAGAGGAAAAUGAAGCGGAAGAAGUGAGGAGAUCAAACCCAGGAGCUGAAGUGACCUGCAAAGUAAUUGUGAUGCGCCAAAGUGGCUUGCAGGCUACUGACCCCAGCAGUGUGUUCCUCGUGGACCACGCCUGGACAUAUAGAACACAGAACGCAAGGCAGCAGUUGGAGACUACACCUGGCUUGUUGGCUCGUAUGGCUGCUCUCAUGGGUGUGGACUUUCAUGGUGAGGUCCCUGACCCAGACGUCGUGGAACAGGUGCUUACCCAUAUGUGGAAGUAUAACCAGACCUACCAACUGUCUCAUGGGUCAGCUGAAGACAAGGUGCCCGUGUGGUACAUCAUGGAUGAGUUUGGGUCCCAGGUGCAGCAUUCCAGUCAUCCCACUUGCUGUAUGGCCCCCUUCUUUUUCGGACCCCAGCAGAUGGCAUAUUCUAUCCUGUGGCCUCUUCAGGACCUGGGCUUUGGAGAUGAAGUGACACGUGAUUAUGCUUAUGGUGAGAGUGACCCCCUAAUACGAAAGUGUCGCCUGCUACCCUGGGAACCAUCUGAUCUACGAAGUGUGAGCAGUACGACUCCUGAACCUUCUGAUAUAUAUUAUGAGGCUAUCUCAAGGGAGAACAAAGAAAUCCUUCCCCUCCAAAUCGAGCCUCCCAGUUUCUCAAAAGAAAAAGUAUUCAAGGUUUACACUGAGAUGAAGCAGGUCCAGGAGAACCUCAGACACCCUCGCUUCCAGCUCACCGACAGCAUGGAAGAAGCUGACAUCCUCUGGCUUUUCUCCCACAUCCGGGAUUACAGGAAGCUGAGUGAGGACAGACCACAUAUUCUUUUGAACCAGUUCCCCUGUGAGACCAUUGUCACAGUGAAAGACUGCCUGGCUGCGAUUGCACGGAGAGUAAGAGAUGGCCAGGGAGCUAAAUGGCUUCCUAAGACUUUCAACCUACAGACUGAGCUGCCCCAGUUCAUCAGUCAUUAUCAACAGAACCAAGAGAGGGGGCUGGACAACCAUUGGAUCUGCAAGCCCUGGAACUUGGCACGGGGUCUCGACACCCACAUCUCCAGUGACUUAAAUUACAUUAUCAGACAGAGGGAGAGCACCCCAAAGGUGGUAUGCAAGUACCUGGAGGAUCCUGUGUUGUUCAACAGGGAGGAGGUAUCCACGCCUAGUGCCUCUCCUCCAGCAUCCACAAUCAGCAAAAUAUUAAUACAUUCAUUGUGUUCAUUUUACGUCAUAAAGGUACAACCCCAAUUCCAAAAAAUUUGGGACGUUGUGCAAAUUGAAGAGAAAAAAAAACAGAAUGCAAUGAUAUGGAAAUUUUAUAAGCCCAUAUUUUGUUCAUAACAAAACAUAGCAAACAUAUCAAAUGUUUAAACUGAGAAAAUGGGCCAUUUUAUGGAAAAAAUAAUGUAAUUUUGAAUGUCAUGGCAGCAACACGUUACAAAAGUUGGGACAAGACUAUGUUUACCACCCUGUGGCAUUACCUCUUCUUUUAAUAACAGUCUGUAAACGUCUGGGGACUGAGAUCAUCAGUUGCUCGAGUUUUGGGAGAGGAAUGUUCUCCCAUUCUUGUCUGAUAUAGGUUUCUAGUCCUAGAUCUUCUGUGUCGUAAAUUCUCUUUUAUGAUGUGCCAAAUGUUCUCAGUGGGUGAAAGAUCUGGACCGCUAGCUGCUUCUUUGAAUGAUACAGUUUUAAAUGGAAUCUUCAGAUGGCAUGGUGAAUUGUGUUCACUGACAAUGUUUUAUGGAAAUAUUCCUGAGCCCAUUUAAUGAUUUCCAUUGUAAGAUCGUACCUAUCUGUGAGGCAGUGCCAUCUAAGGGCCCGAAGAUCAUGGGCAUCCAGUAUGGCUUGCCCCUUACAGAGAUUUCUCCAGAUUCUCUGAAUCUUUUUAUUAUAUUAUAUACUGUAGAUGAAGAUAUUUUCAACCUCUUUGCAAUUUUAUACUAAGGAAUUUUUUACUGAAAUUGCUUCACUAUUUGUUGGUGCAGUAUUAGAGGGAUUGGUGAUCCUCUACCAAUCUUUAUUUCUGAGAGACCCAGCAACUCAAAUUAUUUGCAAAUUGUUGCUGUUGGGUUUUUGUACCACUAACUUUUUCAGCCUCCUAUCACCUCCUUCCCAACUUUUUGAGACUUGUUUGCUAAUAGUAAUAAUAAUGAUACAUUGAUCCCCGUGGGGAAAUUGUCUUUACGCCUCUCUCAACUUGCUCUUUGUAGAGUAAGGUGUCUGCGGAGGGCAGCCAUCUGUUGGGGUGCCCAGGGAACUGGGGGUUAAGGGCCUGAGCCACACGCUGCCCCCCCCCCAACCCCCCGAAUUUUUCUGUCAUGAAAUUCAAAUUGCGGCAGUAUUUAUCAA